UUUGGGGGAUUUUGGGUGGUGAUGAUAGUUAUUUUAGGACAGCUCGAUUUUUACAACCCCAGAUUUGCAUGAACUGUGGGAGGAUAUUACAGCUCCGGUCGGCCUGACUCAUCCUGAUGUACUUGCGACGACCAGGAAUUUGAGGAAGGAGGAUACAGCAGAAGUUGAUGAGUUAAGUCCAAGAGCACAGAUAAUGAAGAAGAGAAUCCUGGAAAUCCAACGGCUUAGUGCACGCUGUGAUGCCUUUCAGAAAGAAAAUAAGAGUCUUAACAGGACUAUCAGAGUGCUGAAUGAUAAGAUUAAGGUAAUUCAUGAACAACAUGAGUAUGAAAGACAGACUAUUCACAAAACUGUGAAGCAAAAACUUACAACUCAGUUUGAAAGAGAGAUGGCUAAGGCUGAUGAUAAAUUUAAAGAAGAAAUUGCUCAUCUAACUAAAGCAUGGUUCGUUGAAAGAAACACUGGCAUUAGAAGAGACAAAGUUAUCUAUAAACUUUGUAAAGCAAUCAUGAACACUGAAGCCAUUCUGGUUGACUUUACCCUAAAAGUCCGUGGAAAUAUCAAUGAUAGGCUCUGCCUCAAUGAUUUUUGGCAAACUGGCUUCGAUAUUUCUCAGAAAGAGAUUCUUCCUAAGAAGAAAGUAGUCCAGCGAGAUGAGCUCCAGGCGCAAAUAACUGACCUUAAAGCUAAGAAUAGAUACCUUGAGAAGGAAUUUAACAUUACUAAGGGGUUAUAUGAAGGACUUGUUGACCAGUGGAACGAAGCUAUGCUUAAAAUAAAACAAUUAGAGAAGGAGAAGACCAUCUUGAUUAAAGACUAUGAAAAUAAAUUAACGAAUCUCUUGAUGAACAAUAAAGAAGAAGUUACUAAUAUUAAAGAUGAAAUUAUGAAGGAAUAUAGCCAGUUUGAGAACUGCAAGAAGACAUUAAUAAACGAACUUAGACUGAAGGAUAUCCUACUCACUAGGCACCAGAAAUAUGGGGAGGUACUUAAGACUGAACUGGUUAAUGCUAAGAAUAUAAUCAAAGAUCCAAAUACUUUGAAAUAAGGCUAAUAGAAGCUUAAAUUUUCAAAACCGCAUCCUCUACCCUAUUAAGACAGCUGAGGAUGAAUUGGGUGUUUCUAAGAGUUCUGAGAGAAAGAAAGUCUUCCAGUCUUUCGAUCUAUUCAGUAAUAGAUCUAUUAAACAUUCCCGAAGUAAUUCGAGAUGUCAGAGUAAAGCCAGACGCUUUAGGAAUGAAAUUAAUUCAUAUUCGAAGGAUAGAUCUCUGCGUAAAAUUUAUCAGAAGAAGCGUGAAAAAGUUAAGACCACUUCUAGGACAAUUAUUUCACUGUACCCACAUAGGCUUCCAACCCCAGAUUUGAAUGGAAGCAUGGAUGAAGUUACCAGCUCCGAUAAGUUAUUCAGAAUAAAGUUGAAUUAG